AUGUCCAAGCCGGUGGACCACGUCAAGCGGCCCAUGAAUGCCUUCAUGGUCUGGUCGCGGGCUCAGCGGCGCAAGAUGGCCCAGGAGAACCCCAAGAUGCACAACUCGGAGAUCAGCAAGCGCCUGGGCGCCGAGUGGAAGCUGCUCACCGAAUCGGAGAAGCGGCCGUUCAUCGACGAGGCGAAGCGCCUGCGCGCCAUGCACAUGAAGGAGCACCCAGACUACAAGUACCGGCCGAGGCGCAAGCCCAAGACGCUGCUCAAGAAGGACAAGUUCGCCUUCCCUGUGCCCUACGGCCUGGGCGGCGUGACCGACGCAGAGCACCCGGCACUCAAGGCGGGCGCCGGGCUGCACGCGGGCGCGGGUGGCGGCCUGGUGCCCGAGUCGCUGCUCGCCAACCCCGAGAAGGCGGCGGCCGCCGGGGGGCACACGCACUCGCACCCCAGCCCGGGCAACCCGGGCUAUAUGAUCCCGUGCAACUGCAGCGCGUGGCCCAGCCCCGGGUUGCAGCCGCCCCUCGCCUACAUCCUACUGCCCGGCAUGGGCAAGCCUCAACUGGACCCCUACCCCGCGGCCUACGCCGCCGCGCUAUGA